CUCCCUCUCUCUCUCUCUCUCUCUCACUCUCUCUCCUUUUCCUUGGCUUCAAAGUCUUCCUUGCUUUAAUCAAUUACCUUCUCCUCUCUCCCCAUUUUCACACAGAAGGAUGCAAGGAAGAAAAGAAGCUUCGUUUGGUUCGUCAAUGGCAGCUCCAGAUCCACACAUUAAACACCAUUUCCCAUCGAAUGUCGCCAGAGGACCAGGCACCAGGUCCUACACUCACUUCUUUUGUAAGUCUCUCUUCGUUGUUCUCUUUCUCAUUGCUCUUCCUCUCUUUCCUUCUCAACCUCCAGAUUUCGUCACACAAACCAUAUUCACCAAGUUCUGGGAGCUUAUUCAUCUUCUUUUCGUUGGCAUUGCUGUGUCUUAUGGCUUGUUUAGUCGAAGAAAUGUCGAUGUAAACAUUGAUUUUCACCACACUACUCUUGAUGAUUCACACUCAUACGUAUCUAGCAUGUUUCAUGUUUCUUCCGUCUUUGAUAAUGGAUAUGAAAAUUCGUGUGGAUUUUAUGAUAAAAAUGCCUACCAAAGUUUGAAUUCUCGGAAUCGUAAAGCUCAAUCUGAGUUUGAGGAAGGUAAGGGGAUUUCUGCGGUUCACCAACAGAAUCAACCUGUUGUUUUUAAUGUUGAAAAUUGCAUGUCUAGCUCUCAUGAAAAUAAUCUAGUUCAAGCUUGGAAUUCCCAGUAUUUUCAGGGUGAAUCUAUGGUUGUACUGGCUCAAUCAAACUAUGAUCUUGGUGAAUUUAUUGAUUAUAAACCCUUAGGGUUACCAGUUAGGAGUUUAAGAUCAAAAGCGAGAAACCCUGGCACUUCUGAGUCUAGUAAUGGUAGUGAGUCUGGUUCAAGUGACAAGGCUUCGUCUAACUUCUCUGUAAACGGGAGAUCUGGAGAUUUGGGGGUUUCAGAUGUGAAUAAGUUAAAUGAAAAUCUGGUUUCACCUUCCCCAAUGCCUUGGCGUCCGAGAACUGGAAGGAUGGAAAUGAGAGACAAUGUGGAACCGGGAAGUGCUACUCAUCCUUCCCACUAUACGCCUCCCCCUCUCUCUAUCAAUCAAACUGUUCAAUUUGAUUCUGUCAAAUCAACGACUAUGCGGUCUAGUGAUGUAUCUUCCUCAUACAAAACUAGUUCUAGGUUGCAUACACCGAGUGAUCUAUCUCCCUCACAUUCUAUUUCUUCAGACUCAGCGAACUCAAAUAUGGGAGAAUUGGGGAAAGAUAAGAGUUUCAGCAGGUCUUAUCCUCAUACUUCACCAUCCCAGUCACCGCCAAUGCCAGUGAAUGGUUCGAGUUCUUCACAUGCCCAGCACCACAGUUAUAGCUCUUUUUUACAGGAGGGUGAGAGCAGCAGCUUUGAAGAUGAUUUAAAUAAUUUGAGUGGAAGCAGAAUAAAUAAUUCACUUGGCAGGGAAGACUGGGGAUCAACAUCUUUAAAAUUCAGAGGCGAAGAGUUUCGGAAAGACAACAGUUACCGGAGGUCUUACCUUUCUGCUUCACCAUCACCACCACCAACAAAAGAUAAAUCUUCAGUGGAUGGAUUGCAUUCUCGGCAUUAUAGUUAUAGUCAUGGCUCUUUCUCAGAGGAUGAUGUGAGAAGAAGCUUCGAAGAUGACAUGGAGGAUAUGAGUGGAAGCAGAAGAAAGCAUUCGCUUGGUAGGAGAGAGUACAGGGUGUCGAGUUCUUUAAGGGUGGGAGAGGGAGAUGAACUCAAACAAAUAAAUAAUAUAACUUCAAAUGUGUUACAUUCCCGGCACUACAGUCAUGGUUCCUUGCUAGAAAGAGAUGUUAAAAAGAAGAAGGAGGAUCAUUUGGAGGAACUGUGUGGGAGUGGAACAAAAGAUUUACGAGGUAGCAAAGAGCGAGGAACAAGUUCUCUGAAAUGGGUGUCAAGACCUGCUACCAUUGCUAGAUCUUCAUCAAGGGGAAAAUCAGUCCGGACUAUCAGAGGUAGCCGGUGCAACAAAGGGGCAACCGAUGACGGAGAGAUGGGGGAGAGGCACAUUGAUGAAAGUCUACAAAGGAGUUAUGAAGCAGGAUAUACGAGAAAGAGUCAUUUUACAGCAGGAGUUCAUAAUUUGAAGAAAGAAACCAGUAAACAGAAUCUUGAUCAUAGCUAUCAUGUUCGAAAGUCAGGGCCCUUGCGGAAACAGGAUAGGGGAAAACAAAAAUGUUGUGAUGAUUGUGUCGUAGAUUCGAGAGAAAACUCAGAAAGAGAGGAUGAGAAUUUUCAAGUGACCUCAGAGGAAGAAAUGCUUGUGGAUAUGUAUAGUGAUGCAGGCCAUGAUUCCAACGAGGUUGAUAAGAAGGCUGGUGAGUUUAUAGCCAAGUUUAAGGAACAGAUUAGACUUCAGAAAAUGGCAACCAACACGGAGAGUGUUUAUUCCCAGUGAUAACAAUUUUAGGUGAAAAUCAACUUGGAUUUCCAACUGCUUUGUAGAUUUCUAACAACUGAAAAUCAUAGUAUUCAGUUUUUUAUAUGUCAUUUCUUGUCUGUAAAUACAAUUUAUAGUUUCAGCAUAAGCUUGGAAGCUUUCUAAUCUUCAUGGAAGUUGAAAGCAAAGUUAUAGUUGUUGGUUUACCAAGCCGGCUUUGUUAGCGGGAAGCUGUGAAUCGAAGUACAGAACAAACUGUUGUUUUACCUUUUAUAGGCUGGUUUUAGUUGUCCUUAAAAUUUUGUCAAGUGUCAGUAUGACUCUCCAUUAUUAGA